CGGGAUGCGGCGAGAGCUCGCUGGGCGCGCAGGCCGCCUGGCGCCGAGGAUGCCCCGCCACGAGGCUCGGGGCUUUAAGAAACCUGAUCAAAGUCAAAGGGUUUUGAAUGGAGCCAGUGGUGGAGCCCAGGCACGGCAAAUAGGUCUUUAUGUGAUUGCUGAGAGACAGAGCCGUCCUUUUUGGUGAACGAGUCGGUCCCAGAACCCAUCGCGUGGAAAGUUGUAUGCCGACAGUCCUUCACGACGGAUUUCCUCUCAGCUUCUGCCCUGUGACUCAGCUUUCAGACCAGAUAGUCUCCAACCCAGCAAAAAAUGGCUCAGCAGAAGCUGAGACUGUUGUACGUGGGCCUGCUGUUCGUGGGAGCGCUUUGCUUGUAUUUCAGCAUGGCUCCUUAUAAAGAAGAGCCGUUUGUCUUCAAGAAAAAAUAUGGGACAUUCCUUCAGCUCCCAGAUAUCGAUUGCAGGCAAGAUCCCCCCUUCCUCGUCCUGCUGGUGACCUCAUCCCACACGCAGGCGAGCGCGCGCACCGCCAUCCGGAAGACGUGGGGGAGAGAGUGGACGGUGAGUGGAAGGCAGGUGAGGACCUUCUUCCUCCUGGGGACCACGGGCGACCAGGAGCAGAUGAACGCGGUGGCCCAGGAGAGCUAUGAGCACGGCGACAUCAUCCAGAAGAACUUCAAGGACGUCUACUUCAACCUGACCCUGAAGACCAUGAUGGGCUUAGAGUGGGUCCACCACUUCUGUCCGCAGGCGGCGUUUGUGAUGAAGACAGACUCGGACAUGUUUGUCAACGUCCACUAUCUGACCGAGCUACUGCUGAAGAAGAACAGAACCACGAGGUUUUUCACUGGCUUCUUGAAGCUCAAUGAGUAUCCCAUCAGGAGGAAGUUCAAUAAGUGGUUUGUGAGUAAAUUUGAGUACCCUUGGGAUAAGUACCCGCCUUUCUGCUCCGGCACCGGCUAUGUCUUCUCCAGCGAUGUGGCCAGCCAGGUGUACGAAGUCUCCGAAAGUGUCCCGUUCAUCAAGCUCGAAGACGUAUUUGUGGGGCUCUGCCUGGCCAAGCUGAGGAUCAGACCUGAGGAGCUCCACUCCCAGCAGACGUUUUUCCCAGAAGGGCUACCCUUCUCCACCUGCCGUUUUAAGAAAAUCGUGGCCUGCCAUUUCGUCACACCCAAAGAACUACUGACCUACUGGCAUGUCCUGGAGACUUCCCAGGAAGAUUGUCCAGAGGUCUGAGUGGAGCCCUGUGGCAUGUGGGUCCAAGAGUUUGGAGGGCACUGCUGAGAAUCCUCGGGGGUAGAGAGGGAGAGAGGAGAAAAGGGGGGGCGGGGCCCUGGGGACGCUGCUCUUCAGGCCUCCACACCCAAACCAGAACAAACGUGUGCUUCAGAGAAGUUGCCCCGAAAUCCCGACCCCGCCUCCCCAGCACGUGGGUCCCUGCUAAGCACCUGGUACACCGCAUGUGCUCAUUUCAGGGAUCAGCGUCCCCGGGAGAGGUGGACGCGAUCCUUUCUAUUUUACAGAUGAGGAAACAGCAGCCAGAGAGGCACAGCCUCUUGUCCCAAGGUUCAUAGCCAGCAGAGGCUGACCAGGAGUGAAAGCUGAGCAGGCAUCUGGUUGGCGCCCCAGCGGGGUCUCCCGUCCCUGGGAGAGGAUGGUGUGGUAAAGGCGGAAGGAAGCUGGGCAGCUGCACUCUCACUCUUUCCAGAGUGCCCUGCGCCUCCACUCCUGGUCCCAUGCUUUCCAGUGCUGAGUCAGAUGCUGCAGUUCCUUAUGUCCCCCGGGAUGGCGGAGCCGGGCACCGAGUCCUCAUCAGGGACUCGGUACUCAGCCCAGAGUGCGUCCCAGCUGGUAUGCGUGCCUGCGUGCUGCUGCCCGCACCACCUUCAGUGGAAAUCGACGUUACCUUCACAGAUUAGGCUCAGGAGCCACUGCCAGGUCUGGCUGCUGCAGGCUGGCCACACCGCUGUCUCCAGUGUGAGCCUUCGGGGCAGCCGGUCUCUCGGCUGCAGAUGGCUGGGACAAGCCAUAGCUCUGGAGCACUUUAGAGCUCUAGGUUGGACUGAAGGGCCGCUGGGUGUGGCAGCUUCUAGGAACUUUUCAGGCAUUUGCUUGGCCCCAUGGCCAGCUGCUUUCAAGGGCCCCAUAUAUAUAAAACACUGAAGUCUCCCUGUGUCCACAUCCCCAACUGACCCCAGCUCGUCAUCACUGAAUUUCUCACAUGACCAAGGACCAAUUGAGUCCCCUGGCUUGGAGGGUAACUUCCCAUCUCUCUCCCCCAGAGGUUUGUGUGAGCCGAUUUUGCAGGACUGCAUGGAGAGAAGGCACUUCUCUGUUGGGACUUGUCAUUCGGCCACUGUCAGUAACAUGCAGCGUCUUGCUCCUUAUCAUAGGAAUGGUUGGUUUUUCUUUUUAACUUUUUACUUUACCAGACUUCAGGCCGCUGUGAAGCUGGCAAAGGUUGGCCCAGGCUCUUACUGGCACUCAGGAAACCUUCUUGCUAUACAGUGGUCUGGAGGACGCUCCUUGCAAGGGCCUGGUACCCCGUCUAGCGCAGCUUUUCCUGUGUCUGGGUCGUGCUGUGGCCUCAUGGAUGGUUCCUCAUCCUGGCUGCUCUCAGCGGCUAGGCUGCAUUCAGAAAAGCCUCCUUCUCAGGUGGAAGCUGGAGGGAUGCUGUUGUUUCUGGGGCCCAGGUUUUGCCAGAGCCCCGGCCUCCGGUUCCUUAGGACCGGCUGCCUCUGGUUGGGUAGACGAUGGUGCUUUGAGGUGAAGCGCUUUGUCUGGCAGGAGGCCGGGCCUGUGUUAGUGGUCCACCCUGUGCAGUAUGUGCUGUGGCCAUACUGCGUCUGGGUGACCUGUGACUGAGGCCAGUGUGGGUGGUCCAGCACCAACCCGCAGCCCUUGGUAGCAGGGACGGGUGAGGACAGGUGUGGGCUCCUUCCACAGCCUCCUGUGGUCUUAAAGGAUCUUCUGCAAAACCUUCUUUCCUGUUUCUUUAUAGUUUCUUUUUUUCUGUAGAGAAAGAUGAUUCCCUGACCUGGAACUUGAAGGGAACUUCGUGCUCACACGGUCCUGCUCCUCACUUGUGCAGGAUGGGAGAGAAGCUCAGAGGGACCCAGGGGCUGGCCCCAGACGUCGCAGCUUGCAUGCUGUGGGAUGCAGGCUCCAGGUGUUCAUGUUCUUACCUGAGAGGAGGACCGUGGGACAGCCUGGAUCAGGGUGGAGAGGCUGUGCUCUCCCAGUGACUCCCAGCGUUAGUUUCCAGUGGGACUGGAGAGGACCUGGGUUGGAUGUACCGUGGCUUCACUCUCAGGCUUCCAGAGAGGAAUGGUUUUGAGAGCAAAAACCAUUUGCCUGGGCCUUGGAUGUUCUGCCUCAUCCGAAUGCUCACCAUAACUGCACAGGCAGCUUGGCCGCCAGAUUCUGUGGUUUGUAGGUGAGGAAACCGAGGCAGAGGGAGCGGUAGGACACCUAGCUCGAGGGUAAGUAGCCAGAAAGUGUUGGAAACAGGACGUGAUCCCACGCCCCUGCGGGCCACCGUGUGAGUCACAGCACUGCCCUGGGUCUCCCAGGCUGUCAGCCGGUCCCUCCCAGAGUUCCGGGGCUGGGGGGCUCAUGGCGUUGGCUGCUCCACCCACACUCCUGUGGAUGCUUCUCAGACGCCUCCGGUCACCACAUGCCACCCCCAGAACCUGCAGAGGCCUGUGGGGCUCCAGGGCCUGGCACCUCUGCUUUUGGAUUUGAGUCCCAGCUGGUCUCACCUGGAGGCUGUGCCUCCUGCCCUGGUCCUCGCUCUCCUCCCCUCCACGCACGUCCCCUCUGCCGGCUCAGCCCCCGGGCACACAGUCCAGCCGUCCUUCCCCCCUCACACAGCAGCGCCCACUGCCACCUUCCCUGACCUCUCCCUCCAGCUGCGGUCCUCGGGUCCCUGCGUCAAACCACGCGGGUUUUGGCGCCCGCUCCAGCCUCCUGUUCCUUCUCUGUGUUGGGAAGUCCCCUCGGGUCAGGUUCUGCGUCCCACACUUGCCCCAGCUUUGACCUUGCCGGGCUGGCCUCAGCCCUCCUCUGACGGCACCUGACGGGGUGCUCACUUCCUGGACGGUUCUGGGCACUAGCUUCCAGGAUGCCUCCCGCCCCUGGCUCCCGUCCUGCCGUCCUGGCUCCCGUCUCUUCUGCUUGUUCUUCCUCUGGCCCUGGCGUCCUGGGCUGGAGUCUGUGGCUUGGCCUGGCUGCCCUUUCCCUGUCGACACUGGGUCAACACGGGGCCUCGCCCUGCGUUCUAAAUGUCCUCUGGUGUGUUGGUGGCACCCGACUGGUCUCCAGCCAGGUCUACUGCUGCCCUUCAAUCUGUCCUGUUCCCCGUCUGCCUCGUUUUACAUGAUGAGCAAAGCUGCCAGCCAGCCCCUGCCCUGUGGCCUUCCCUGUCCCAGGGCGUGACCACUCCAGGCUUCCCGUGGCUUCAGGCAAAAGCCUGGGAGGUGUCCUGACUCUCCUGCUGGGCUUGGCAAAGACUGCAGGCUCUACCUUCACAGCGUCCACCUGAUGCUCCUCCGCCACUGCCACCCUUGCCCACUGCCACCUCUCACCUACAGUCCUGUGGUGGCCUCCAGCCUGGCCUCCCAGCCUCUGUCAUUUCAUUGCUGUAGUCUGUUCCCAAGAGCAUCCAGCGUGAAUCUCCGAAAAAGUAGAUCAGAGACUCUGCUUGACCUGAAUGUGUUCCCCAGAGCCCCCAGGUUGGAUGCGGAACCCCCAGUGCAGCAGUCUCAGGAGGCGGGGCCCAGCGGAGGCGGUUAGGUCCCGAGACCUCCACCUGGUGAGUGGAGUAGUGUCGUCCUCGCAGGACUGGGCUGUUUUGAAAGCGAGCCUGGCGCCCUUGCUUGCUGGAUCUCACCUCCUUUUGCCCUUCCCCCUUGCCCCGUGAGACCGUGCGCACAGAGGAGCACGCUCUUGAAGUUACCAACUUCCAGAACCGUGAGCCAAACAUCCUUCUUCACAGGUGGCUCACUCUCAGGUGGGCUGGGCCAGAGCACCUCACUCUGCUCAGAGUCCCCAGUGGCCUUCCAUCUCCCAGCGAAAGCCACAUCCUUCCUUAUCUGCCUCUGUCGUUCCCUGACCUCGUCCCUUGCUUUCUCCCCUCACUCGCUCUGGCCUCUGCUGUCCCUGAGCAGGAGGCCUGCUCCAGCCACGGCGGUCUCUGUGCUCCUCCUUGAACCUGCACCUCGGGUCUCUGCGCUGACCGUUCCCUCCGCUAGGAACUCUUUCCUCAGAUCUUCCCAUGGCUCACUCCUGUGCCCCUCGAGUUUUCAGUCAGAUGCUACCUUCUCCACGAGGACCACCCCCACCUUGAGAAAUCGCCACUCUCUCUACCCCAGUCCCCUUUGUGUUUUCCCUUGGCCUGUGACAGUUUCCAGCGGGGUGCAUACCAGUUAACGUGACAUGCCCGUUUUGUUUCUGGCUUGUGUUCUGCAAGCUCUGUGGCUCUCUGCUUUCCUCGCUGGCACACCUUGGGUUCUUGGAUGGGUCCUAGCACAGGACAGAUGAUGACAUCCGUUGAGUGGAACCAGAUCGACCUUUAUGGAAAGCGUUCAGAAGGGAAAAGGGAGUCCGGACUUGUCCUCUGUAAGGGGAAGCCUCACACAUUGCAAGGCAGGUAGAGGUGCGUGGCCGGCCCGCAUGCCUGACUUCCAGCCCCACGGCCCGCCAUCUUGCCUCAGCCACGCCCUGGGUGAGCCCUGCACACCCGCCUUCCUCUCUUUGAUGAUUUAUUAGCAAUUGGCCACUUUUCCUCAGUGUAUGGGCUCUAAGUCCGGGAGGAGAAUGACAUUAAACAAUGGCCCUGAAAUUCCCCAGAUUCUCCAGCCUUCCUGUCCCUGACAUGUGGGCCCAGUUCACACUCCCUGUGCCUGCAGGUGCUGAUAACUGGAAUGAGGGAGAAAGCACUUUCAAGUGACAGUAGGAUUGCCACGCUUCUCGGCUUGAGGAGGCUUUGAGAUCUGGUCCCGUCUCCUUAUCUUAUGCAUGGGAAACCUGAGGUUUGGGAGUUGGUGCCUCAACUCUGUGCCCAGGGGCAGUGCAGGAGACUGGACCUCUUGGUCCUUGUCCUGGCACAAUGGCCACCCUGUUAUACAACUUUUAUAAAACAAUUCAUUCCUACUUGACUUAAAACAAGCCGUAGCCAAACAUCAUGCUGGGUAAAAAGAGAGGAAUGAAAAAUCAAAGCCAACAGAAACUCGUAGGUCCCUCUCCCUGGGUUCUGUCCCUCAAUUCAGACAUGAGCCUGUCUAACAUCUCCUGGCUCCAGCAGGGAGGUGCCAGCAGGCCGCGGUCUAACACCAGACUCAAGGCCUUCCUUCCCCAAGCCCAGGCUUCCCCGACUCUGGGUCUCAGGAAAUGUCCUCACUGCAACCCUGUCCACUCAGCCCAAGUCGUCCUUGCACUGUCCUGCCCCGUCACCUUUCCUUUGCCCACGUCUGAUGUUGCCAGCUCUGCGGGUUUGACUUCUUCUCUCCUUGUCCACUCUAGACCCUGGUCUAGGCCGCCAUCUUGGUUCAGCUGAACUCAGGCCACCUCCCUCUGACCAGUCUCACAAGUUAGAUCAUGUCGCCUUCCAAUCUGUCCUCCACUUUACCUCCAGAGUAAUUGUGUGUGUGUGUGUGUGUGUGUGUGUGUGUGUGUGUGUGUGGUAAUGGCAAGACUCUGCCACUGAGCCAGCUCCAGAGCAAUUUUCGGAAACAUCAAAUAUAAUAAGAAAACUUGGAGACCCAGGGAAGCUGAGCGUCCUGGCCGGGCUUUGUCCUGAGGGCAGAACUUCCUGACCUCGUGAACGUGAAGGCCUCAAACCUACAGGCUGCAGGGGAGGGAGUGGGGUGUGGCAAGAGCAGCAGUGUCCCUGCUUCCGAUGUCACCGCCCAUUUAAUGAACUUCACAGUGACCUCCGUUUGCAAAGUUAACUUCAGUCACACCAUCAUGGGUGGCCGGCGGGCCAGCCCCAGCUCCCGCUAGGCAUCCAGCACCACGGCUCCGGCUGUGCCCAAGCCUGGCACAGCGCCAACGUGAACUUUGAUUAGUUGAUUUUAAAAGCUUUUUAUUCCCUUGAGUAUGAUUAUUUUUGUGCAAAAAAUUACACACAUACUUACUUUGGUUUUUAAAAUAAUGUAUUAAUUUUUUUCUUCAAGUUUAGACUUCAGCUAACAAAAGGAAAAUAUAAAGGGACUCUGGGUUUAGCAAGAGUAAAGUGCAUUAAAUGUACUUAUGUGCACAAACCCAAUCUCAGUUGGAAUAAAAGAAAUAUACCGUGGCAAGGACAAGCUCUUGGGUCUCUAGAAUUUAGUUGGAGGCUCCGGUGUGAUUCUGGGGGCCCUUCAUCCCCAGGAUGGUGUUGUCUGGAGAGCCUGCACGUGCUGCGGAAUCGGGCCUGCGUCUGAACUUCAGCUCUCUCACCUGCUGCCUGGAGAGCCAAGCUACUCAGCUUCUCCUUACCUUGGUUUUCAGUGCUUCGACAGGAGUGAGGGUCAAGCUGAGGGUCAAGGCUGUGGGUUUUGCAAAAGAGCUUUCACUGAGUGAAUGCGCAGCGUCCAGUCCACCAUGGGGCCUCUGUUCGGCUGGAGGAGCAGGCAUCUGCUCAGGGCCUUUUCAGGGGACAGAUGGGGUCAACCGUGUCCACACUGCUGUCUCACUGAAGCCCCAGGGCUGUUGCAGGUGGCUGUUCUUGUUUGAAUCACACCCCUGGUCCGCAGAGGCACCGCAGGGUUAGCUUGACUUGGUAGCUUGCCCAGGGGCUCGGACAUGGGGAGACAGCUGUCGGCCUGACCUGUUGUCUCCGGGAGCAGCUCGCCCUCUCCUUCCCUGGAGCACGUUGGCUUGUCUUCACCCGGAAGCCCAGGGCUGGUCACCUGAGGGACUGCCAUCUUGUCCCUUGUCCUAGUUGCUGCUACCUCUUUCCCAGCUGUGUCGACGGGAGUGUCAUCCUGCUCUCUCCUGGUCCUGUUUGACCUCGUAAGGUUUGGCCCUGGGCCGUCUGUGGCUUCCCGAGAGCCACCCUGUUUAGCCGGGUCCUCCCCCGUCCCAUCCUGGCCGGCCAAGUUCUGUGGUGGCUGGAGUUCCCCUCUGUUGGCCUGAACAAGUGUCUGGCUUCAGAACACCGACCCCUGUGUGCAGCCCCUCCAGCUGUGCUAACCUGCAACCCUCGCGGAACAGGACACGCAGGCUCUAGGAGUCUGAGAGAGAGAGAGAGAGAGAGAGAGAGAGAGAGAGAGGAAGCGGG